AUGGUAAAGCUUUGGUCGAUCGCGACGUCGAACUAUACUAACAGAUUGAAUGAGUGUCUACUUGACUUGGCGGCUUCGGCCGCCGCUCUCCCAACAGAGGUGGUGAAGAUCCCAUCUGUCGAGACCCAGCCGCCCCGGGGCAGCGAGCCUGGCGCUGCCCCAACGCUGGUUAACAGCGCGACUUCUGGCACUACCACUCAUGGGCCUUAUACCGGCACCCCAACCACUACUGGUGCUCUGCAGGCCGAGUCGACUUUGGCCCAAUCGAUUGCGCCGCAACCAAACCCGACCGCGACUUACUACAACCCGGACGGGAGGCUGACGCAGCCCCAGCCGAUGCCGUAUAUGCCGGCUGGCGGUGUCGGCAUGAAUGGGACCCUUCCUGUGUAUAUGGUGCAGAGCGACUUUGACUACCAGUCCGUGGCGCUGGGCGUGCAUCAGGAGUAUAUCGAACUUGACCUCUUCCACUAUGGACUGGAACGGUUUAGCGAGCAGGAUUUCCUCGACGCCGGACUGACCGUCGAGGACCGGCGCUUGAUUGAGUACAUGGCCAUCCAGGAAGCAGGGCAUGCAACGCUCCUGAGCAAUAUGCUGGGAGAGUCGGCCCCGAAGCAGUGCACCUACAACUACCCGUUCACGACCGUGCGCGAGUUCCUCGACUUUAAUGUUAAGCUCACUCGUUGGGGCGAGAGCGGUAACUGGGGGUUCCUCAGCCACCUAGACUCUAAAGAGGUUGCCACUCUGAUCGUCCAAGCCGAAGCCAUCGAGGCCCGCCAGCAGUCCGUUUUCAGGCAGCUGUUGGGAUUGCACCCGAUGCCGAUCUGGUUUGCUCCUGGCGUCCCGCAAUCGUGGCAUUGGACCCUCCUGGCCCAGUACAUCUCCUCCUGCCCCGAGAACAACACCCGCCUCGUGUGGCAGAACUUCCCCAACCUCUACGUCACCAAUCAGGCAAACCCGAACCGAAUCAACCCCAACACAACGGAAUUUAAUGAGAUCUCGGACGCCUCCCACGUCAACCGCACCGGCAACCCCAGCUCCUCGCACAUUCCAGCCAAUGAGUCCUGCGUGCACGUCAAUGAAACAGGCUACAACUGCGGGCCGGCCAUCUCGCGCGACAAGUACGAACCUUUGACCUUCCCCGGCCGAAAAGUUUUCCUUACCUGGGAUGACCCCGGUCGUCCUGUUGGCCCAAACAACAGUUACAUUACAUCGACGACUGCCGGCGAGCCCAAGUUCGUCGCCUGGGUGAGUCAGUUGAACACGACCUAUACGGAGUUGACAACAACCGGGAAGAAUGAGGGUUUUACCUUCCAGCCGGCAAGUGAGGUGUACGAGACGGAUCCUGCAUUGAAUGGGACGGCGUUUAUUGCGCUGACGGAUUCGAAUCCCUAUGUGACGCCGUAUAAUUUGACCAUGUUAAACCCCAAUGUCCGGGCUCUCGGGCUGUACCAGGCUGGUUAAGUGUUGUGCUACCACAGAUACAAUAGGGAUAGGCGCUGAAGUUGGCAUAUGUAAUGGCACGGAUUAAUGGGGAAAUAUAUUAUUGCUACGUUAUAGAACUUUUGAUAUGUUUUAGUGUCUAAUAUCUACUCGAGUUCCUCUU